UAGUCUGCAGUCUGCUCUGAGAAUUUUUUAUACAUGUCCAGUGUAUUAAACACAAUGCGAAGAACAGAUGCUAAAACAACAGAAUUUGAAACCCUGGAUCCAACCUGCUGUCUUUCCUUUGCUAAGGUUUGAGGUUUGAAGACGGGCAGUGGAGGGGAUGCAGUGUGAGGGCUGGGAGGUCUGCCAUGGGACUGAAUGAUUGUGAGGGCCCCCCUUCUCCCCCGGCCCUGCGACGCCUGGACCUCACGUUGAGCUUUAGAGAGGCCCCCACGCCGCCUCACACCCCUGCCAUGGACCCCGAGGCCCCCCUGGACCUCAGCUUCCUGUCCGAGGAGGAGCAGAGCGCCAUCCUGCAGGUCCUGCUGCGCGACUCGGAACUGCGCAGCCUGGAGGAGGGCAGAGUCAGAAGACUGAGACACAGCGUGUUGGACCCCAGAGAGAUGAAGAUUCUGACGGGAGACUGGUUCAGCGAUAUCCGGUCCAUGCGGCACCAAGACCAGAAGUACGGCCCAGACAUCGUCCGUGCGUCCAUCCGGCGCAGAAAAACCCCCAAAGGUGAAGCGGAGCAGAAAGGAAGCCUGGCGCUGCAGAGGAACAAGGAGACCCCCAGCCUGCCCAACGAGGGCAAUGAAAGAGCAGCCAAGACAGAGGGGGAGGGAGAGAACAUUCUGUGAGUCCACUGCAUUGGCAUCACCCGCGGGGCGACAGGGAUACAAUACAAAACAAAACGCCUGGCAUGAAGGAGCCUUUAGCUGGAGCGCUCCUAACAAACAUUGAAAUAUUUACGUACCUUAGAGAACAGCUUUCUUUUUUAAAUUGCCUUUAGAUAUUUGGUGUUAUUAUCAACAAAAAACUACACAUUAAAAGGGUGUAAUAGUAUGUUUAAGGUGUUACUUCAAACGCCACACUUGCAAAUAAAUUUCCAAAUAUUAUUUUUCCUUUCAAGAGAGGUGGGGG